AUGGCGGUGUGGGGAGCUCUUGUUUUAUUAUUUGUUGCAUCUUCAGUAACAAUAGUAAUACGCGCUGGAGGCGUCGCGCUCACUCGCCCAGCUCUGAUCUUCGAAAGCGUAGAACACCUCACCCACCCUCUCUUUGUGGAUGCAUUACCAUUCGUACAACCUAAUGAUAUCGGCAUCGUCAAGUUUGAUUAUUUUGUCGAAUAUUCUGCUAACAUUCAACCAAUAAGGCUGCAACCCAGCGUUCAUAAAGACAGAGAUUACAGUGGAAUCAAACUACAGGCCAGUGGAUGGGGUUUGAACUGGACUCGAGGUAUUGGUGUCAAUCCCGAUAAUUUAAAUUGGGUUAAUCUCGUCGGUAUUUCUAAUGAAGAAUGUCUGGCCGCCUACAACAACAGUAACAUCAUCACCGCCUCUACCAUCUGCGCUGGCCCACACAAUGUCUCUAGCCAGUCUACUUGUGACGGUGACAGCGGCGGCCCACUAGUCAUGACAGACGAGGACGGAAAACCCACACUAGUAGGAAUCAUCUCUUUCGUUUCAAGACAUGGCUGCCACACACCGGAACCUGCUGGUUUCGUCCGUCCUGGUCAUUAUCUCGAUUGGAUUCAAGAUGUAACCGGAAUAGAUGUCGACUGGGAUCCCGAAUCAAUUCAACUUUCUGAAACAGUAAAAGGAGAACAAAUAGAAGAUUUC